CUUCUCCGGCGCUGCGUUAUUUUUUGCUUGGAAGCCUCUGUGCUUCCGAGGUUUUGAUGCUUGAGCCGUGGGUUUCCUGGCCGUUCAAGCAUGGUUGGAGCCGCCCUGUGCUCCCUCCUUCGACGACCCUUCCCGGUCUAUUUGGCGAUGAUCCCCUCCAUCCGGCAGCUUCUAUUGGUGGAGGUGCACGCGGGGGAUCCCAAAUCUUGCAACCUCGCGACCCACCUGCUGCCUCCAGGGAUCGGCCUCCGCCGGAUCGGGUCUCUACAUCGGCAUCGGCAUCCGGGAGCCUAACGCACCUUCCACAUGGGUAGAUUGAAGGGUGUCCCGUUUGGAUCUUUCGACCGAAGGCCGCUAUAUAGCUGGGUCCUUAGUGGUUGUUCGAGUGUUAUGUGCACCUCC